GAGAUGGCACCUCUAGAGCUCACGGGCUGGCGUAAGCUCAAUGUCGGCGUCGUUGGUGGUGGUAUCGGUGGCAUGUCCAUUGCCAUUUCCAUGCGUCGCGCGGGACACGACGUGACCAUCUACGAACGGUCCGACUAUGCAGGUGAAGUCGGAGCUUCAGUAUCCUGCGCAGCGAACGGGACGCGCUGGCUACACGAGUGGAGGGUCGAUGUGGAAAAGGGAGAUCCCGUGGUUCUGCGCAAGCUGAUCAAUCGCGACUGGUACACCGGCGAGCCGGUCAGUGUAUACAACCUUGACGAUUACGAGAAGAAGUGGGGAUACGUAUACAACAUGUUCCACAGACAAUACAUGCAUGCCAUGCUCAAGGACUCGGCUUUAGGUGGGGAGGGAAAGGGCGCUCCGGCUAAGGUGCUUGUCAACCACAAGGACGGACGCCAGUGCUCGGGUAUUGACCUUAAAACAAGCACCAUUCACUUCAGUAAUGGGACGGCAGUCCAGCAUGAUGUCAUUAUCGGUGCGGACGGUAUCGGCUCCGUUGUCCGGGGUGAGAUCGGAAUCCACCCCGCCAAGAGGCCAUCGGAUCAGAGUUGUCUGCACUGCAACGUCACGACCGAGGACGCCGUCCGUCUAGGUCUGGUCAACUACUCGGAGGACGUUGCACUUGAAUACUGGGGAGGUCAAGAAGGCAAAUGGGACAAGAUUGUACUGUCGCCUUGCAACGGCGGCAAGCUCCUGUCGUACUACUGCUUCUUCCCGCGCGAGCAGGCCGACUACUCGUCCCAGUCAUGGGGCGCCGAGGGUCGGCCCCUCGAGGAGCUACUACGACCUUACCCCAAGCUUGACCGCCAGGUGUUUAAGCACCUGUCCAUCGGUAGGGAGAUUCAGCCUUGGCGCUUGUGGGUGCACGACCCGUACCCUUACAUGCACAAGGGGAAGACGUGCCUCCUCGGCGACGCCGGUCACCCCAUGAUGCCUCACCAGAGUCAGGGUGCUUGCAUGGCAAUAGAGGAUGCUGCUGCGCUGGGGAUCCUCUUCUCAGAGGGAUAUUUUGACGGUGACGUCGCUGGAGCUCUGGAAAUAUAUACCCAGACUCGCUUGCCUAGGGUUACAAAGGUUCAGGCUGCCGCUGCCAGGGCUGCGUACAAUAUCAACGAGCGUAUGGGCUUUUCCGAAAACAAAGACACCCCUACAUACAAUGUCGAGGAUAAGGGCAAGGUCCUGACGAUCGAGGAGAUGAACGCAUACGAUCUUUACAAGGAUAUAGAGCAGAGACUGUGUACAAAGAAUGGUGUCCCCUACAGGGACAAGUAUAUGACCGGUCUACCGAUCGGUCUAAAGCUGCCCAAUGGCAUCAUCAUAGGUGCCGAGCCCGAGGUUGAAAGCGCACAUCUUUAG